AUAUUAGGUGUAAUCCCAACGGCAGCGGGUAUAUUAUUGGGCGGUCUAUUCAUCCGUAAAUGUCUUCCCGGUCCCCGAUUUCUCACUUCUUUCAUUACAAUUGUUGAAACCGUUGUAUUGAUGGGUUUCUUAUCCGCCCUUUUUCUCGGAUGUCCUGAAUCUCAAUUUGAUGGCAAUUCAAUGGACACACAUUUUGAGAUGCAGUCGAUGUGUAACGACAACUGUUUUUGUUCGGAAACCAAAUUCCAGCCGAUUUGUGGUCCGGACAACAAAACCAAUUACUUCUCUCCAUGUUUUGCCGGCUGUAAGACUCAAUCUAUCAUUGAAAUAACUAACACGACAAAUAAGCAAUACUCCAAUUGUGAUUGUUUUGAUGGUUCGGCAAAUGAAGGCUAUUGUGCUACAGAUUGCGGGAAUAAUCUCCACAUUUAUGUAUUACUUUUGGGAAUAAACGAAGAAGAUAAAAGUUUUGCCGUCGGAUUAAUGAGAACUUUUAUGUGUCUUUUUGCAUUCAUACCAUACCCUCUGGUAUACGGAGCAGUGGUCGACGGCUCGUGUCUUAUAUGGGAGUCGAAGUGUGGCCACAGAGGGAACUGUUGGGUAUACGACACAUACAAUUUCAGGCGUAAUCUUCACGGACUAACUCUCGGUCUCUAUUUUAUUGGAAUUAUUUUCGAUGUAAUCGUUAUAUUCCUGUCGAAGAGAAUUAAAAAUCUAUACAACGAUGAGAUCGAUGAACAAAAAAUGCAAAUUUUAUCCAAAAUGACUAAUAAUAAAAGUGUUGAGUCCGAGUCGACGGACCACAUGUGUGGGUUGGGCUCCUGGAGACCCAAAUGGCUUCAAAUAUUUGGCUCAACGAAUGUGUUUAUGGUUAUAUUGGGUGGUUUGGCCAUUUCACAGGGGGCUUCGUUUACAUAUAUGAUCGCUAGUAUUACCACUUUGGAAAAGAGGUACGCUUUUGGCAGUACUAUAUCAGGGAUUAUACUCAUCGCCGAUAAUGUAGCCGAACUCAUAUUAAGUCCAAUAUUUGCGGCUCUGCCAUACUUUAUAUACGGACCGGGAGUUCAUCUGUUGAGCGGUAGUAAUAAGGAAAUAGUCGGACAUCUCAUGAAAUAUAAUAAAAGCACAGAAUUUUGCGAUCAAAACAAUUUCGAUAACGAUAUGUGCGGGGAAAGUGGUGGAUCAGAGACUGUAAUACUAGCCGUAGUAAUCCUAUGUAUAGCAAGUUUUUUCAAUGGUCUCGGUUUCGCGACAUUCGUUGCCAUUGGGAUCCCAUUUAUCGACGACUCGGUCGACAAGAAGAAUUCUCCCGUAUAUAUCGGUCUUGUGAGUGGACUCCGUCUUUGUGGUCCGACCUCUGUCGAUCCGGGAAUUGAGCGCAAAGACCCGCGUUGGAUAGGAGCAUGGUGGAUUGGCUUUCUAGUGAUUGGCACCUCAACACUACUAUUUUCAAUUCCUAUGCUUUUCUUUCCGAGAAGCAUUUGGAAGCGAACAAAACGGUUGUUGAAAAAUCCUAUUUUCGUUUGUUAUACAAUCGGAACGGCUUCGCGAAUGUUUGCAAUGUCUGGUUAUAUGACAUUUAAAGCUAAAUAUAUUGAAUCUGAAUACAAGACGUCCGCCUCUAAAGCGAAUCUAUUUUCUGGUGUGAUUCCUAUAGCAACGGGUAUAUUCCUGGGCGGAGUAUUCAUCCGUAAAUUUCUUCCCGGACCCCGACUUCUCACUUCUCUCAUAACAAUUGUUGAGUUGUUUGCGGUCACGGGUUUUGUAACCGCUAUUUUCCUCGGCUGUCCUCAAUCACAGUUUGCCGGCACUCAACACAACACACAUUUUGAGAUGCAGUCGAUGUGUAACGACAACUGUUUUUGUUCGGAAACCAAAUUCCAGCCGAUUUGUGGUCCGGACAACAAAACCAAUUACUUCUCUCCAUGUUUUGCCGGCUUAGAUAAAGAUGAUAAAACAUUCAUACCAUACCCUCUGGUAUACGGAGCGGUAGUCGACGCCACGUGUUUGAUAUGGGAGUCCAAGUGUGGCCACAGCGGGAACUGUUGGGCUUAUGAUACAAACAAAUUCAGACUUAAUCUUCACGGACUAACUCUUGGUCUCUAUCUUUUUGGGAGCUUUUUUGAUGUAAUCGUUAUAUUUCUGUCAAAGAGAAUAAAAAAUUUAUACAACGAUGAGAUCGACGAACAAGAGUUGGAAAUACAAAACAACGAUAUGAAACUUAAAACCGGUGUUAAUAAACCAUUGGCUAAUACAGUACCAGACAAA